UAGAUACAAGCUUACCAGGCUCCCCGCCGGAGAGGGAAAUGGAGGAGGCGGCGGUCGGCCAGACGCAGCCCCUGAACGCCAAGCAGGUAGCCAACUCCGAAGGCGGCUACGUGUGGCAGGUGACGGACAUGACCCGCCUGCACCGUUUCUUGUGCUUCGGCUCGGAGGGCGGCACGUACUACAUCAAGGAGCAGAAGCUGGGCCUGGAAAACGCCGAGGCCCUCACCCGCCUGAUCGAAGACGGCCGCGGGGGCCAGGUCAUCCAGGAGAUCGAGGCCUUCAGCCAGGAGGGCCGGGCGGCCAAGCAGGAGCCGCUGCUGUUCGCCCUGGCCGUCUGCUCCCAGUGCCCCGACGUCCCCACCAAGCAGGCGGCCUUCCGGGCCGUCCCGGCCGUCUGCCGCAUCCCCACCCACCUGUUCGCCUUCGUCCAGUUCAAGAAAGACCUGAGGGCCAGCAUGAAGUGCGGCAUGUGGGGCCGGGCCCUGCGGAAGGCCGUGGCCGACUGGUAUCGCGGCAAGAGCGGGCCGGCCCUGGCCCUGGCCGUCACCAAGUACAAGCAGCGCCACGGCUGGUCCCACAGAGACCUCCUGAGGCUCUCUCACCUCAAGCCCGCCAGCGAAGGCCUCGCUCUGUUGACAAAGUACAUUACGAAGGGUUGGAAGGAGGUUCAGGAGACGUACAAAGACAAAGCCCUUUCAGCAGAGACUGAAAAACUCUUCCAGUAUCUGGAGGCUGUGGAGAGAGUGAAGCACACCAAGGAUGAACUGGAAGUCAUUCAUCUGAUAGAAGAACACAGGCUAGUGAGGGAACAUCUUUUGACUAACCAUUUGAAAUCUAAAGAGGUAUGGAAGGCUUUGCUUCAAGAGAUGCCCCUUACUGCGUUACUGAGGAAUCUGGGGAAGAUGACUGCCAAUUCAGUCCUCGAGCCGGGAAAUUCCGAAGUCUCGUUAGUCUGUGAGAGGUUGUGCAAUGAAAAGCUAUUGAAGAAGGCUCGGAUCCAUCCAUUCCAUGUAUUGGUGGCGUUAGAAACUUACAAGACAGGGCACGGGAUCCGAGGAAAGCUGAAGUGGCAACCGGAUAAAGAUAUUUUAGAAGCUCUUGAUGCUGCAUUUUAUAAGACUUUUCAGACCGUUGAGCCGACGGGAAAGCGUUUCUUGCUUGCCAUUGACGUCAGUGCUUCCAUGAACCAGAGGGUUUUGGGGAGUGUACUGAAUGCUAGUACAGUUGCAGCAGCUAUGUGCAUGGUCGUCACCCGGACAGAGAAAGGUUCUCACGUGGUCGCUUUUUCGGACGAGAUGGUCCCGUGCCCGGUGACGGCGGACAUGACACUGCGUCAAGUGUUGAUGGCUAUGGAGGAAAUUCCGAUGGGAGACACCGAUUGUUCUCUGCCAAUGGUUUGGGCCCAGAAGACCAACACAGCCGCCGACGUCUUCAUUGUGUUCACCGAUAACGAGACCUUUGCUGGAAAUAUUCAUCCUGCUUCUGCGCUGAGGGACUACAGGAAGAAAAUGGAUAUCCCCGCUAAACUGAUCGUCUGCGGGAUGACUUCGAAUGGCUUCACCAUCGCAGACCCCGAUGACAGAGGCAUGUUGGAUAUGUGCGGCUUCGAUACGGGAGCCCUGGAUGUCAUUCGAAACUUCACCUUAGACGUGAUUUAACCCUCGCGCACUAACAUCUCCCGAGGUACCCCCCGGCCAGCGGCGGACUUGGCUAGAAAGGCCUCCUCCUCAGCUAAGCGGGACAGAAAUGACGAUGAUAGCGUAUUAUGCACGGAUCUGAAAAUCUCCCUUUUUUUGAAAGGGAAAAUAAGGCGAACCCGAAGAACUUUUCGCCGUGCUCUGCGUCCAGCUACGAACGCUUUAUUUAGGAUGGGGGCUGAACCAGCUAGUGGGGAAAUGGAUUACACGAAACAGGGCAACCCGCUUUAGGUGAGAGAGAACGUGCUCUCUGACAACAUCUGGUCAGACGUUUUGCUUUGGAGAACGAUGGUCGUGGUUGACUCUGCCACGCCGGCCAAAAGCAAAGGCGUUCAAAAGUUUGGCAUCCCGUCAGUUUCCUGACAGACUUGCCAAGAGGCGUUUAAGGGAAAACAUGUGGACACCUUGGCAUCUGAAGAGGACCCUUCCAUUCUUCAGUUUCUAGAGUGCACUAGACCAUGCAACUGUGAGGGAAUAUAAAAAUUAUCUAAGGGGAGAAAAACCAAGGAAGAACAUUAAGUGGUUAGGGUUUCUCCGCCCUGAAAUAAUGCCCAUUUAGGGUCUUCUAGGAUUAGAAAUUUAACAUUUUUGGAUUGCCUAAAAAAAGAGCGCUUAUCCAGAGCUGUUUAUCGGCCCUUGUCCGGUCGGUGUUCCUAAUUAGAGUCAACUGCAGGUUUCUGAAGCAGAAAAACAGGUGUGUUUUUCUUUCUUUAGGGGGGAGAUGACUCUGAGGCCUAUUUCUCUAAGUGUAACGCUACCAGCAACGUUGACACGCGUGUAGUACUCCUGAAGGUACUCGGCGGCAUCUUUCCUUCAAAAAUAUUCCGAUUUUUCUCUUUGAAAAUGAUACAGAGCACUUGCAAGUGAACGGUAUCUGGCGCGGCCAUGGGCCUAAAUAGGGCAGAACCUUCAUCCGAACUUGUUUUCGGUAGCGGUUAAACGUUCGGCUCUGGGCUAAUUAAACGUUUCAAAAGUUUCCACUACCGUAGCUUACCGUGUCAUACGUUAGCCUUCUGUCCUCCGGCCCGCCACGUUCCGUGAUCCCACGAGCUGCGUCAGAAGACACUUGGAUCCGAUAACGGGGUACGAGGUUACAGGGGAAUGUAGGUCUGCAAGAAAACUUUAAAUAGCUUUUCUACGGGAGCUGCAACAGCCUAUAUUGUACAUAUCUUGUUUAAGAAUUGUAAUAUCACUGACCAAAAAAAAAACCAACAAACAAACUUCAGGGAACUGGGUCCUUUUUCGUGUACGAAUGUUAAAUUUUCUGCCGAGUACACUUAAGGGGAGUAUUUUACAAACGCAAAUGUAAUCCUUCGGUAAGAGGAAGCUCGAUUCUUGGUCGUGAGAGAAGUUCCCGCUUGAAUGUCUAAGACAUUCUGGCUACUUGUUGGUCGAUAUUCUCUGAGAGCAGCUCACAUUUAAAUUGCAUUUUAUAAGCAUCGUUCUAGGUUGUCGAGUUUUAAUUAAGGAUGGGAGCUCAACCCUUUUUUACACUGUGUGAAAAGCAAAAUAAGUAAAUACUACUGAUUACUUCUGCGCUAGACGCGUUUGGGCGGGCGAAGGCGUCGCUUCCUUCCUCGGUGGGACUCUUGCGAGCCGAAACGAGGUUUCUCUGGAAACUUAAAAUUACAGAAUCUCGCCAGACCUUUCGCUUCAGAGAAAUGGGUCGCGUCAUUCGGUGCCGGGCGGUACCUAUCUCUGGAGUCACUGAGGGGGUUCAGCACCCUCUCGGGGUAAAAAAAAAAAAAACAAAAAAAAACUGAACCGGUAAAAGCAGUACGGUUUAAAUAGGACGAGAGGACGGUUUUCGUCCACAAGGAGAUUCGCUUCUCUGGAGAUCACGUCUGAGUCUGCUACACAGAGCAGCCGAGGCAAAUUUUUUGCAGUGGAAAUAAAUACCGAAACUCAGCGAGACCACUCUAGCCCUCGGAUCCAAGUCCGUUUGGGCAGGUAUCGGUCCAGCCCGGCAUCUACCUGGGAAUUUGGUUUUCCCACUUGCCCACGGGGCGGAAGCGUGGGUGUGUGGACGAGGGGCUAUUUUUCCCCACCCCCAGCACUGGCCUCUCCCCACCUCGUCGCCACCAUGGAGACUCUGUGACCCCAGUUGAGGAGCUCUACCUGUCUCCCCGACUGCUACCCCCGGGGCGACUUUGGGGUUUUACUGCAUCUGUGAUGUCGACAAGUAGAAAGCAGCUCACGGUCGUUACUUUUCAAAGUCCUAACUGCAAAGUCGCUAGUGUUUGAGCUGAAAAUUUAACCAAGGCAGCUCGUGGGGCACCGGCUGAGGGUGAAAAAUCUAGGUCUAUAACUGCGUGACGAGUUAACCAGUUGGAAUAUAACGGUUUUUGGUGGUACAGAUUAACGGUGUAUCGAGUAUUGAUACGGCGCAUGAAAUACUGGCUGAGCGUUAAGUGGGGAUUCCAGGCCAUAUCAGUGAGGCAGAAACGUAGGUUUAGUGGCUAAACACUAAAUAGGGGGGCAAAACUCAGGCUUUGACUUCACCCCUUUCUUCGUGUCCCGAGGCACCCCCUUCCCAUCUCUCGUUACCUCAGUCACUGCAUCUGAAAUAAGGCAUAUUUAUAGCAAAUACUUAAGCUCGUCACGGGCAGGCAUUGCGUCUGCUAAUUCUGUCGUACUCUCCCAAGCGCGUAGUAGAGUGCUCUGCACACGGCGUUCGGUCAUUACCAUUGAUGAUGAUAAUCCGAAUCGAUGAAACAGUAUCUGGAUAGUGAAGUACUUUGAGACGCGUAGAUUCAUCUACCGCAUAACUUUUUUUAAAAAAAAAAAAAAAAAGCUCCACUUGCUAGUUUAGGACAACCACUUUCCAGGAUCUGGGAUAGAAAAUGCUGAAGGUCGGUUAUCCUGUCAUCCCGUAUACGAGGGAUGCCAGGGAAUUGCUCGUUGACAGUAAAACGAGAAUUGGGAAGGUGAUGUUCGCCAAGUCCCCCGUUUCAAGGAAUCAAAAAGACCUCAGAGAUGAAGUUUAGAAACAAAAGUUGGGUCCUACUAGGGGAAACAUUACCAGAAAUGUGUACUUACGUUUGAACAGGAAAAGGAAGUGCAAGAAACGAGGAGAAAGGUCCGUUGAUGGAGGUAUUUGUCCAGUAAUAGCUCUUUAAAAUUGAAAACACGAGCUUCUGCAUGACCUAAAAAGUGACUUUUAAUCAUUUGUACAUUAUUUUAAUUUCUAGUUGAUGGGAUAAAAUCCUUAGUUUAAAAAAAUUCAGGACAGACUAAUUUUGAGCUGUGUGGUCACUCCCUUCCCGAGAAAAGGAAAUCCGGUAAUGCGGGUUUUUGAUAACCUUGAAACUGCAAAUAAGGAAAGAUAUUUCCAACGAUCGAAGUUAGGGUAAGAGGAUAUCCAUCUCCCUUUCUUUUUCUCUGUAUUUUCCUUCCUAUUUUGUUCCUCGCCCUCUCUAGAGGGAAGCCCUGUCUUUUUUCAGAGGUGUAUAAACUGAUAGAGUUCUGAGAGGAAAAUCAGCUGAAUGUAGGAUCGGUCUGUAUGAUUUUGAUUUUCGUGGGGAUGAUUUUUCAGAUUCUCUAGAGAUUGCACGCUGCAAAAAACGUUUUAAUUUUUUAGUUCUCCGUCGGGUGUGAACUCGAUUCCAUGUGAGCAGGGAUCCUGUUCUCUUCAGUUGCUCUCUUCCAAGCAUUUAGAAUAGUCCUUUCGAUAAAUUCUGGUGAUGGGGAGGUGACAGGUAGGAAUGAGGUGGCUUUCAGUCACGGGAAGACUGCCUUGGUCGUGAACUUAAACGACGUUUGUCUCUGACCUCUGUGCUGGAAUGAACUUUAUAAACCAAUCUCUUUCUGAAUCACUGUAUCCUGGUGUUAUUUAAAAAGCACACCGCCAUGGUCUGUGUCAAUACCACGGUAGCGUAUGUCCCCUUGCUCUGUAAAAUACCGCAGGAAGCCUGGGGGAGAUUGCUUUUAUAAAGAGAUCUCAUAGACGGAUUCGUAAUACCUAAGUUCUCAAAAACAACUGAUGGAUUAAAUUUGUUCGCUAGGGAAAGUGUCGCAAAAGGAUACAGAAACAGAUUUGGGGCGGGAGACGACUGUCAGGCGUUUCUCACCUAUCCGUACUCUGCAGUUCAGAGAUGGAAAGCGACGGACAGCGUGUCAGCCUCCGCUGUUGGAAUUAUGGCGUAAGAGGGGAUCGGCUUCGUACGUCUGUCCCGGAAAUCGCGGUACACGGUGUACGUGCUGUAGAGGGGUUUUCAAAACGGCAGGUUUUACAGAAUGGUCUUAUCUGUAGCUGGGGUACGUGUCUCUUCAUUCUCAGCAGGAGGCUUUGGACACGAACGUGGGCGUCAGCGUAGACUGGAAGCUCCUCGUGGAUAGGGACCGUCUCUACCGAUUGGAUUGUACCAUCCAUUCCCAAGCGCUCAGCAGCUCAGAAUCGUCACGCUAUCUGUUGCACGCUCACCGGUCGGCCAGGCGCUCUGCCGCUUCGGCGGCGUUUCAUUUUGUCUACGCCCCAAGUGCGAUCUUUCAACUUUUAACUUCAGGAUGACUCCUUCUCUGGUAGACGCUAGCAGACGCCGAUUCGUAAUCGAGCGAAAGGUCGAUUAACCGCAGUGUCCAGCUGUUGGCUUUUGUUGGUUUGUUUCUUUUUUCCAACCGGGUAAAGUUGGAGGGGACCGUGACUCUUAUUGUUCUAAACGAUGGACGAAGGUGUAAAUCAGGUCUCCUUGGGUAGCACAGAGGAAGCAAUUUGCAGAAACCCAACGGCCCCGUCAGUGGGGCAGUCCGACAUGAAAUUUCACUGGUAAAGGGGACCCUAACUAACACCUAACGAUUUGCGAGUGUUGAAUGAAGUGCUGCACUUGUAGCUAAAAUAUGUCGUUUUCCUCCCUUGGCUUGCUUUCUCGGUCCUCGUAAAAGUCCCUUCUACCUUUUCCUUCUCUACGAAGUAGCACGGGUGAUCAUCGGAGGGUGCAGUAGGAAGAAAAGUCCAGAUAACCCUGCCCUCCACAACUGAGAAUGGAUGUGAAUUGUGUAAAAACUCAUCUCGGAUGUCUUUAACAAGACACUCUUGUGCUCCGGUUACACUUCACCUAGAAGAAAAUUCACUCGUUUUGAAAAAGUUCUUGGAACAAAGAGCCUUAAACAUAGAAAAUAAAUGUAACCGGGCCCCGUGACCGCCUUAAAAUGGGAAUUUAAUUCCAGGAUCUAGGCACUCGCUCCAAACGGGCGUACAGGGUACUUCCGAUCAGUCUGCUGGUUAAUACUGCCUUAAGUGAUAGUGCCGUGCUGUUUGAUAGUUAAACCAUAUGAUGUUUUCCAGUUUUGUAGAGUGGAAAAAAAUCAAUACGGUCUAAGAAACUCCACUGCACACUCUUGAGCACACGGGUUUUUGGCACAUUUUCUUUCAAGUGUAACAAACAGCUGAUGGUUGAGGUCUUCUACUGUUAGAGGCAGUUUUGGGUGUUUGUAUUUUUUUUUUUUUUUUCCCCAAAUUGGUCAUUUAGAAGCAGGUACUUCUAGGCUUAUUGGAUGAUUCGUGAGUAGCGUGUACUCUGUUCAAGCGAACGGAAAAUAACCCAUCAGUCUUCAAGGCUGUAUCAUUUUUCGUAAGGGGACUCGGGCAGCGUUUGGGUAAAAAUAACAAUCUCUAUGACUAAUAAAAAGGUGUGCUCUGUAUCCAGUAAGCAGCAAAAAAAAAAAAAAAAAAAGAAAGAUAAAUCCAGGCCAGCAUUUUGAUUGUUUGUAUAAAAGUUAAAGCUGCCUAAAUGGUUUUCAACUGUAUAAAAUUUUAAAAUGAAUUAAAAUGAGCAGGUUUAGGAUGUACUUUAAAAUGCAUCCUAUCUUUUUGUGUACCUAAAAUAUUUGGGAAAACGCGUUCAGGUCCUGAACGGGGUAGGAAUCCUUUCCGAGCCCGUUCUCUUUUGAUGACAGAUGAAUGCCUUUCGUAUACCUUUUGGAUCUUCGUGGUGAAAAGCAUUCUUUUAAUGCCAUCGUCCGGGCUGGUUUUUGAACGGGCCUACGUGCUGCUGUAAUCAACUGGUUUCAUUCCUCCCCAUUUCUCCGAGAUACUGUAUAGGUCCUCCUCUUCAGCCCUAUCCCCGCCUCGCGUGUACAUUAACACUAAAGUAUUCUCCGGUUUCGGGCUUUUAAGAGCACUAAUGAAUAAUGCCGGUCAGUUGCAUCAUCGCCGUAGAACUUGGUGUGAGUGCUAAAUAAACUAUGCAUACGA